GGACUCCGUCUUAGAUCCUUUUGGUGGAAAGACUUUCGGUUUUUCUUUUUCAGCUAAAUAAUUUGAUAUCUGGUAUUAUAACCUCAUCAAACGUUGUUCUGUGAAACAAUUAUUCUUAUAAAAAUGAUUACGUUAACAAUAUUCGUCUCGCUUCUAAGUUGUGCUACUCUUAUAUCGAGUUUCGACGAUGGCCCCUACUACGAUGUUCCUCCUACAUAUGUUUGGGAUGUAGAACAUUCGUUCGAACCAAAUAACGUUGAUUCGUUUAAACCUAAGGGGAAAAUUAACGUGAAAGUUGGUCAAAAAAUUCAUGGAUUUUUUAACCCUGUCGAUAAAUUUAGUGACCACGAUAUGAAGUUAUUAAAGAAAUGUGCCGAUGCUGAUGGCUGGUAUAAAAUUCGAGUAUUCAAUGAAUCUGUUCAAGUUUUCUCUCAGACACGUGCACGUUUGCUUAUCGAAAAUGGUUUGGCCGAAGUUCUAAAGCUUAAAAUUAGCAACUCUGGACGAUUAAAUGGCGUAUUUAUUAAAACUCCACGUUCUUCAUUAAAUGAAUUUCGCACAACAUUAGAAAUUGACAGUUCUGCUCCAGCUCCUGUGCCUGAUACUCAUUUAUAUAUACAAAAAAUGGAAGAGGAAAAAGCGCAGAGAGCCAAGGGUGGCGAAAAGGAUACAAGAUCCUUUUUUAGCAAAUAUUGGAUGUUUAUCGUAGCAGCUGUAGUUGUAAUGAUGGUUUUCACAAACGAUCCCAAUCAAGGACAAGCUGCUGGUGGCGGUGGUGGUGGUGGAAAAUAAAAAAAACAUUACCCAUAAAAACAAAAAAAAAUUUAGAACAAUUAAUAAGAUUUUUAUAUAAUUGACGUUGUUACUUGUUUCUUCGUCCUUUUGUUGAUUAAUUAAUUUUUUUAAUAUCUAUACUUUCAACAAUUUAUAAGUAAUAGAAAAAACUUACAUUUCGAUUUAAUUUGAAAGAAAUUUCUGCCCAUUCAUCAUAUCGAAAGGCAUUCGUUUCAGACCUAGUAAAGAUAGCAUGUAAGAAAUUAAUUAACUUAAUCGAGCAAUAAAGCUGAUUAAGAAGAUAAAAAAUACACGUUUUGGUUUUUUUUUACUGUACAAAUUUUA